CGUGAUUUCUCCGGUGACUUCUACGCUAUUAUAUUGAUUUGCUUUUUCGAUAGAAGAAUUGAGUGAAGUGCUUAGGAAACAAUUUCUUUUCAUACAUGCCUUAAAAUCACAAUUUACAGCUUACGUGAUGGUUGGUACUGUGGCUGUUUCUACUUGAUACAGUGCCACUCGGGUGUUUUGAUAUUAAACAUCAAUUUCCUAUCUGGCCGAGUUGAUCUGUUUCGAGUUAAAACUUAAAACAGUCAUAAAAUGUUUUUAUCAGAAACAUUAAUCAUCGUUUUUUCCCGCUAUAUUACUAGAAUCAGACAGCGUGAAAAGGGGGCUUAAAACUUAAAAAGAGUAAAAAUAUGCGCAAGGAGGGUUGAACAAGUGGCUUGUGAUGGUUUAAACGUAUAAAGCUUUUCGGAAUUUGCCGAGAAUGAGUGAAUGUGCCGGAAUCACAUGAUCAGAGGAUUUGCACAAUCCAUGCGAAACGAAAAACGAAGCCUGACUCGUUGAUUACCCAAAACAGAAACAAAAAACAUCAUUCAAUCAUAAACACAGUUCACACUUCACAGGGAAGAGUGGGAAGUGUAAAAGAAGCCAAACCAGAAAGAAGACCAGGAGAGAGAUGCUCUGGGUGGAUCAUCAUCUUCCCUGUGGGAAAAGAACUCGUCUGUGGGGAGGUGCAUUCUUAUGUUGGGUCUGUUUGAUGUUGGCCAUGCCCAAAAUCCCUCAUUCUCCCAAGCAACACGUAUUCGCUGAUAUGCGCAAUUUCCUGGGAGUCCCUAAUACCUUGAAUGUGAUCUCCAAUUUCCCAUUUUUGGUUGUCGGAGUUCUGGGUUUAGUCCUCUGUCUCCAAGGAAGUUUUUCCGCUAUAAGUUUGCGAGGGGAGGUUUGGGGUUGGGCUUUCUUCUAUGCUGCAAUAGCAGGGAUGGCUUUUGGCUCCGCUUAUUAUCAUCUGAAGCCUGAUGAUAAUCGGGUUCUAUGGGACCGGCUUCCGAAGAUGAUUGCAUUCGCCUCGCUUUUUUCUUGUUGUAUAAUCGAGAGAGUGGGGGAAACGAUUGGAAUCAUUUGCUUGUUUUUGCUCCUUUUGCUGGCUCUUGCCAGCAUCGCUUAUGAAAGGAUGUUCGAUGAUCUUCGGCUGUGCAUGUUAUUCCAAUUGAUUCCAUGCGUAGCAAUUCCAUCUAUGUCGUUUGUCUUUCCUCCCAAAUAUACUCAUUCGAGAUAUUGGCUUUGGACGACAGGGGUUUACCUUCUGGCAGAAUUUGAAGCCCUUGCUGACAGAAAGAUUUACAGAACAAACCAUUACAUCAUCAGUGGGCACUCCUUGGAGCAUUUAUGUUUAGUUAUGGUUCCUGUUUUGCUAUCUGUGAUGCUUAUGCACAGAAACAUCAAAGUUACAAGAUGGAGACUUAACAACUAAAGAUGCUGUCAAGAUUCACCAUGAUGUUUGACAAGAUGGUGCCUCAUGUACAUUGUUUAUUAUCAGAUGGCAGUGUGAGUAAUACAGUCGUAAGUGCAAUUGUGCAAAUCUCCUUCCUAGUUGAAGGAGUCGUUGACUAUUUCAAUCAUCUUAAAUUACAAUCUGCAACUUCUGCAAGUGAUUGAUGUCUAUCCAAAAGGAAAGGGUUCCUUUGGAGAAGUCAAGUCUUUAUUUCAUUUUUGUGCGUGUAAAAGUGAUAUACUUAUGUUAUAGUGAUUUUGCCUGUUUAAGUUCUGUGUCUAGCUUAUCCGCAUUGCUACCUUCAGGAAAGCUUUUGCCUUUACCAGUUGGACCUUACUGAUUUGAAGGUUAAUACAGAAGGUGUUAAAAUAAUUUGGGGGGUCAGAGGCAUGGAUAACAACUGUUCAUUCAUGAGUUGAGGAUUUUUAUCUCUAUCAAAUAUUAUUCUGACCAAUGAAAUAUCAGUUUUUUGUUCCAUUCUGGUGAGGUUUCUCCAUAAGAGACUUGGCAGGGUGCCUCUUCAGUUGCAUUGAUCUUAGAAUUGAAGGGUAUCUCCUCUUUCUGACAUGGUAAUGGAAUGCAUGACAGGUUGGGUGGACUUAAAGAACGCCCAUGAAGACCAGUGAGAGGAGACUGAGGGCAUACCCAUGGAUAGCCAAAAGAGAAGUGAAAACACAUGCUAGGCCAAUGGUGGAGGUAAAACAGGAACGGAUAUUUCUAUCCAACUUUGACAAGAUAUAUGGACUGCUUGGUGCUUGCUGCCUUCAGAAUACCGCUAUCUGCGUCAUUGUGACAUAUAUCUGCUCUGCUUGUUUAUAUAUAUAUUUUCCCUUUUCAUUCCAUACUAAUGGAGCACUUUUGUCAAGCCAAUCAAUACAUGAAAAAGAUAGAUGUUUUGAUUCC